UCAGUUCCCCAGUGCCAGCCCAAUAGACGGAUGAGUUAUUGUCAUGUAAAAAGCGCCAGCAAUAAGACCAACCGCUUUGCUAUUGUCCAAGUGGAAAGAGCCAAGUUUAUUAUGAGGACUAUAUGCUCUAGAGACCUCAGACAAGGCAUCUCACAGGAGGCUUUUUCAUAAAACUAGGCUCUGCUGGUAGUAAGGAGGCCAGUUUGGAGGCAGGCGUUGAGCUGUGCACAUCUCCCCACUCCAGCCACCUCCUCCAGACCCAUCUUUUUAUUUCGUUUUUUUCCACUUGGCUGAGCCAUCCAGAGCCUUUUCAAUGUAUAAAAUGGAAUAUUCUUACCUCAAUUCCUCUGCCUACGAGUCCUGUAUGGCUGGCAUGGACACCUCCAGCCUGGCUUCAGCCUAUGCAGACUUCAGUUCCUGCAGCCAGGCCAGUGGCUUCCAGUAUAACCCGAUCAGGACCACUUUUGGGGCCACGUCCGGCUGCCCGUCCCUCACGCCGGGAUCCUGCAGCCUCGGCACCCUCAGGGACCACCAGAGCAGUCCGUACGCCGCAGUUCCUUACAAACUCUUCACCGACCACGGCGGCCUCAACGAGAAGCGCAAGCAGCGGCGCAUCCGCACCACGUUCACGAGCGCGCAGCUCAAGGAGCUGGAGAGGGUCUUCGCCGAGACGCACUACCCCGACAUCUACACCCGCGAGGAGCUGGCCCUGAAGAUCGACCUCACGGAGGCGCGGGUCCAGGUGUGGUUCCAGAACCGCCGCGCCAAGUUCCGCAAGCAGGAGCGCGCGGCGGCGGCGGCGGCGGCCGCGGCCAAGAACGGCUCGUCGGGGAAGAAGUCCGACUCCGCCCGGGACGACGAGAGCAAGGAGGCCAAGAGCACCGACCCGGACAGCACCGGCGGCCCGGGCCCCAACCCCAACCCCGCGCCCAGCUGCGGGGCGAGCGGCGGCGGCGGCGGCGGGCCCAGCCCGGCGGGCGGCCCGGGGGCGGCGGGCCCGGGGGGCCCGGGAGGCGAACCCGGCAAGGCCGGCCCCGCGGCGGCGGCGGCGGCGGCAGCAGCGGCGGCGGCGGCGGCGGCAGCGGCGGCGGCGGCCGGGGGCCUGGCUGCGGCCGGGGGCCCCGGACAAGGCUGGGCUCCCGGGCCCGGCCCCAUCACCUCCAUCCCGGAUUCGCUCGGGGGGCCCUUCGCCAGCGUCCUGUCUUCGCUUCAAAGACCCAACGGGGCCAAAGCCGCCUUGGUGAAGAGCAGCAUGUUCUGAUCUGGGCGGCCCGGUGGCGGCGGCGGCGGGCGGGCGGGGGGCCGGGCGGGCGGUCGAACGGGCGGGCGGGCCAGCGGGGAAGCCCAAGGCCAUGGUCGCCGCUGCUGCCCUGGCUUUUUCACGGAAAUCCUAAAGCGAUCGCGAUAAGAAUAAAGAGAAAACAGCGUCGCCCCCAUUGCAACCCCACUCUGACCCCAACCCUGAACCCCCAACGAAACAAAACAAAACAAAACAAAACAAAACGAAACGAAAAAAGCAAAAACACUUUCUGGCCUCGCA